AAUAUGGCGCAUGCGCUGUUUUACUAAACGGAAGCGCCAUGAAUAGUUUGUAGUUACCUGAAUGCAACUGUUGUCUUUUCGUUUUGAAUUUGCGGUGCUGUGUGUCUGCUGUUACAUUAAUGAAGGAUUUUCAGUGUAAGUGUUGAUAAGAGGGUUGUAUAGACAUGGUGGGAUAUGAUCCCAAGGCUAAGAGUGGAUCUCCUGCCCCAGAGGAGGCAGCCCUGGCUGGUUCAGCUGGUGGGAUGGUUACCAGAGCACUUAUCAGCCCAUUUGAUGUUAUUAAAAUCCGUUUUCAGCUGCAGAUCGAGCGUGUGUCUUCACGAAAGCCCGAAGGAAAAUAUUGGGGAAUAUUUCAGGCAUCCCGAAGUAUUUACUCUGAGGAGGGUCUCACUGCUUUCUGGAAAGGUCACAUUCCAGCGCAGCUCCUCUCUAUGUGCUUUGGGGCCGUCCAGUUUGUCAGUUUUGAGUUUCUGACCAAGAUGGCUCACAAGUCGACGCCAUACGACAGCCAGACUUCAGGAGUUCAUUUUUUCUGUGGCGGCUUGGCAGCCUGCUCUGCUACGGUGGCCUGUCAGCCUCUGGACACACUGAGAACACGCUUCGCAGCUCAGGGAGAACCCAAGGUUUACAGUAACUUGCGGUAUGCCGUGUCCACAAUGUGGCGCUCUGAGGGACCAGUGGCGUUUUACCGCGGCCUGUCUCCUACCCUGGUUGCAGUGUUUCCUUAUGCUGGGCUGCAGUUCUUCUUCUACAAUGUCUUUAAGCAGCUGUUGGCUCCUCCACCUAAAUCCAGAGGCUCAGGAGGAAACAUGAGUAGCCUGAUCUGUGGCAGUGGAGCAGGAAUAAUCAGUAAAUCCCUCACAUACCCCUUUGAUUUGUUCAAAAAGAGGCUGCAGGUGGGGGGCUUUGAGAAAGCCCGCGCUCACUUUGGACAGGUGCGGUCCUACACAGGCCUGAUAGACUGUGCGGUUCAAAUAGUCAAAGAGGAAGGUAUCCGAGGCUGCUUCAAAGGCCUCUCUCCCAGUCUUCUGAAGGCCGCUCUGUCCACAGGCUUCACCUUCUUCUGGUAUGAGUUCUUCCUCAACGUCUUGUGCAACAUUAGGGAGAAACAGGAAGGCCAAAAGGAGAGAUGAUGCAUAAAGAAAAACAACAUAGGAAAUGAGGCAAUCACGCACAUUAUAAACGCACUAAUGCCUUGUUGCACUGAACACGUCACUCAGCUGGGAAACUGGUUUAUUUGGGUUUCUAUGGUGUUUACAAAUGUUACGUGGAUAAAUGACUACAUGAAAUUAUAUGUUGCUGUAUCAUUUACUUUUAUUUUGUAAGCAUUAUAUUUUUGUUGAGGUGUUUGUAUCUUGCUUGAAUCUUGCGCACGACAAUGUCAAUUUUGUUUCAGUGUUAAAUAAUAAAAUUCUAUUGAUAGAUUGUCAUCUGGUGGCGACAAAACAGUUUUCAAGCCAUAUCAGCGACAAAGCAGCUGAAACCUCUCUAGGUCCACUAGGUCGACUAAUCAAAUCAGGUAAAGUUGGUCAUGAACGUCUUUUCCUGAAAAUUCAAUUACUGACCAAAGACUAGGUAGAAAGUUAAGUCGUUUUUUCACACAUGCUGACCAGCAAUUGGUAAUUCUGCAGGGACCUAGCUUGUCCAGAAUGGACAGCAGAAGGAAAUAUGAGUCAAAAAAUGUGUCGAUCGGCCAAACAGUGAGCACCGUUCACCAGAUCCAGUGACUGGCUGCUACACACAUCAGUGUGCAUCUUCAGCCAUUGAUUAGGUUUGACGGUAUAUGUGAGGCUAGUUAAUCUUCAGCAAUUAUCUGGCAUCUCAGAUGUCUCUCAUAUCAGGAAACUGCAAAAUACUGUCUUAUGUAAGCCUAGAAUAUGACUCAGUCCCUAUCAAAUGGGGGCUAAAGUGUGUGUGCAAGGCACUUUCUGUCUGGUAACCCUCACUUGCCACUUUCAGUGAGUCUCUUCUGAUGCCACCACUUAUCCACUUUGAUGGCCAUGUUGGCUGUCCAAAUGCAUUAAGUGCUUGUUAUCGGCCUUAAACCAUCAAGCCUUUCUUGAUGGUUUGAUUUGUGUGAAUUGUGUGGCCUCCUAGAGAGGGCACACAAUUUAGACUGAAAAACCUCAUGGUCCUUGAAACGGACCAAGAGGAUCACUGAUCCUUUACCAUCUUCAGUCUCAUCAUAUUUAUGCUCCAUGAAAUUUAGAACGUUAUUGUGAACUAACGAGAAAUUCUCAUUAAUUAAGAGAACGAUUUCUUAACAUUGGAUUUCCUCUCCACUAAAUAAAUGCUGCUGCUCUGCUUGCUUCUCAGACUCUGGUCCUAGUUCUUCUUUUUGUUUUGUAUCGUAUCACUAUGUCACACUUGUUCUGGAUCCUGUUUUAUCCUUUCGUCUUAUGGGUGUUUCUGUUCUCUGCUCAAAAUGGUUCAGAGAGAUGUCUGCACUUGAAAACGACAGAUUGAAAGUACACCAGAACACAAUUAAAGGGAUUUAUCAAAUGUGGUGGAUUUGUCUUGGCAGAUAAACAUCAUAGUGAAAGUUUAAACUGAACUUUGCACAUUUUCUGCUCAGUUUUACGGCUGUUACCUUGUAUAUUCUUGGACACAUGAUAUUUAUUUUGAUAUUCACUUUAUUUAGUGGGUAAAACCAAAUGGAACCUUAAAGUUUAUAACUUGUUUAAAUGUCUCACCUUGAGUUAAACUUACUGACCAUUUGCUUCAUUAAUGCUUGUGUUUCAUGUGUUUAUAUGGUCUUCAUUUCUUUGUCAAUAAAAUGUACAACCACACUGUUA